AUGGACAGCCAGUCAGACCCGUCACAGCACUCGCUGGAGUACUCGGAAACCUCGGGAAAAGCCGAUAGUCCUCAACUUGGACCGGCUCCAAAGACGAGCCGAUAAUUAAUACGAGCUGGGCGCACCAAAUCAUACUGGACACAUGAAUAGUUCUAAGAGCUCCUACGUGAUCCUUUUGCGAUACAUUUACAACAUGUUCGAAACGAUAAUGACGGAUUCGGUGAUGCAGAAAAAUUAAUUAAACACAGUGAACGACAAGAUCAUGCGAUCACAAAGUAAUUCGCCUUUGAGGAAUGCAGCGCGUGGACAGUUGUUCGGCGGAUAUUGGUGACACGUGAAUAGUGUUUACGAGUAGACUUUCGUUGAAAUUAACGAUUCAGAGAUUUGCAUUCGAUACGUGACGGAUCGACGGAUUUUUAAUUAACGCAACAGAACGGCUCAUUGGCACAGCAGUGGACAGUGAAACGUGUUAAGUUUUCUUGUGAAUAUGUCCGCGACGAGGUAGUGUCGCUAUUAACUUUCCGUUUCAUUUUAAUAGACAAAAAGUAUAUUUAUAUAUAACAAAAUGAGCGUAGCACUUGUGACUAUGGAUUCCGCGUAUGGUCUGCGACUGGGAAGUUCGGGUCAUCAUCAUCGCCAUCACCGUCAUGUAUUGUCGUCGGAUAGCCACGAAUCAGUGCAGAAUCAAGAUCCUCAGGCGGAUCACCAGCAAGACACCGAGGCACCGCUGCGUUUCAGUGUCGUUAAUAUUCUCAAGCCAGAUUUCGGUCGGGAGGCCAUUCUGACAAAGACGUCAAAGCCAUCGAUCUCUACCGUGUCAUUGGCGCGAUGCAGCCCGCUUCCGUUUCCGCGUGACCUUAGCCUGUCGUCCUCACGAUUGUCACCGCCCGAUCUACAAAGAAAAGAUUGCUUUACGUCCCACUGCGGACUCGUGUCACCAUUGCAAAGGCAUAACGGACUCAGCAGAAGCGGCAGUCUUGAAAGUCUCGCGUCCAGCAGGAGUUCGGUCACCAGUAGCACGGUCACUGGCCCAUCCUCUUUAUGUUCUACGUCAUCCACGGUCGGCUCCGAAUCUCUAAACAGCGACAACACAUCUGGCAAUACCAGUGGCACGGCAAGUCAGCAAAACGGCACUAAUGGUCAGAGCCAAUUGUGGCCGGCGUGGGUGUAUUGCACCAGAUACUCGGACAGACCGUCUUCCGGACCGCGUACGAGACGAGUGAAACGUUCGCAGAGCGGGAAGGACGGCACGCCGGAAGAGAAGAGGCCCAGGACGGCCUUCAGCGCCGAGCAACUGGCCAGGCUGAAGCGAGAAUUCGCGGAGAAUCGAUAUUUGACGGAGAGAAGAAGGCAGCAACUCUCGCGGGACCUAAACCUGAAUGAGGCGCAGAUCAAGAUCUGGUUUCAGAAUAAGAGGGCGAAGAUAAAGAAGGCGAGUGGGCAGAAAAAUCCAUUGGCCCUUCAGUUGAUGGCGCAAGGUCUUUACAAUCAUUCCACCGUGCCGAUAGACGAGGACGGCGAAGAGAUCGUAACCGGAAGGAAUCAUUGAGAGUCGUAUAAACGUUCAAACAGCAGCAGCAACAGAGAGCCAGAUAUUAGAGCCAUAGAAUGAUACGUGACAUUGCAGACACUUAAAAAUCCGCUGUGUGUUGACCGCUGUUAAAGGAAAGUCACUCAAAUAUUAUUUAUAAAAGAAUUCGUAUGAUAAUGUCAAGAAUUAUGGAAUAAAGACUGAAGAUAAAGUAUGAGGAUCGCAACGAUAUAUAUAAUCAUAAUAGUGCAAUUGAAGAUUAUUGAUAAUUAAAUCAGUAUACUCAAUGAAUACUGAAAAAUAUGAUUUUAUUGUCUUAAAAAUUAGCAAAGAAAUUGUAUAGUAUAUUGUAAAAAAUUAUUUGGGUUUAACAUUCUUAUCUUUAAAGUAAACGAAUUCGAAUAAUUUUGAAUAAACAAAAUUACAUGUUUUUUUAUAAAAGUAGCUAGAAGAACAGAAGUACGAGAUUUUUAAAGAAAAUAAAUCAGUGUCCAUAUAUAACUGAUAGAUACAUUUUAUUCCUAUGAAAAUUUUCAUGAAAGUUCUCUAUUAUCAAUGCAUUACUUCCUCACAAAAGAAGAAAGAGUUGUACAUGGUAUACUACUUUUUAAAUACGUUUCAAAUCGGGAGAUCGGUUUGAUCGUAUGAAGAGAACUAUUCCUAGUAUGGAGAAAUUGAAAUUUAAAUUAGCAAACUGUUGAUAUUGAAAUUCUUAUACUUAUCGGCUAUACAUGUAAAUUAAUUAGCACGUAAGACUAGUUUCCUAUCAAUUUAAGCAUAAAUUAUUUAUUUGUACAUAGUGUGUAAAUAUAGCGAUAGUUCUUCCUCUUGUGCAUAUGUAAGAUAUCAACUAAAGAUUAGAUGACAGUGUUAUACUACACUAUGUGAAACGAUCUCGCAUUGUAUAUACAUCCUCCUUCUUAUCACAAACCUAGAUACAUAUGUUAUACAGAUAUAGAUGGAAAGUACGUAUAACGUAUAUAUCCCAGUGUUUUUGCAAUAAGCGCGUUCAUAAUAUUCUAUGUAAUCCGCUUAUAUUUCAUUGCCGAUUAAAGUAAAAAGUAUGUUUUAUCCUA